UAAUUUAUAUAUCCAACACCCCUACAGUUAAACCAGAAUUAUAGUACUCAAGUCAUUUCAUUCACGAAUCUCUCAUCCCUAAGAAGAAAUGGAAAAGAUCCAGCACAGCCAUGUAGAAGUAAGAGGACUCAAGCUUCAUGUAGCCCAGAUUAAUGUCACCGGUGAAAAGGCGGUGAUGUUCUUGCAUGGGUUCCCUGAAAUAUGGUAUACGUGGAGGCACCAGAUGAUUGCUGCUGCAAACGCUGGUUACCGAGCAAUAUCCAUAGAUUUCAGGGGCUAUGGACUGUCUGAACAGCCAGCUGAGCCAGAAAAUGCUACUUUCAAAGACCUUGUUGAUGAUGUUAUUGGCCUUCUUGACUCUCUGGGAAUCAAUAAGGCUUUUAUUGUUGGGAAGGACUUCGGAGCGAUGCCUACAUACACAUUAGCAGCUGUCCACCCAGAAAGGGUGACAGGCAUUAUAACACUAGGUGUUCCUUUCAUAGUGCCUGGUACUUCUGAAUUCAAGAAUCAUCUCCUUCCUGAAGGUUUCUAUGUAUCAAGGUGGCAGGAGCCAGGGAGGGCAGAAGCGGACUUUGGCCGGUUUGAUGUGAAGACAGUGAUAAGGAACAUUUACACUCUCUUCUCGGGAAGUGAGGUACCUGUAGCAGCCAAGAAUCAAGAAAUCAUGGACUUGUAUGACCCAUCUACGCCUCUUCCACCAUGGUUCUCCGAGGAAGAUCUCUCAAUCUAUGCAUCCUUAUAUGAGAAAUCUGGGUUUCGAUUUGCAUUGCAGGUUCCAUACAGAUGCUUGAUCUAUUGCUAUGGUAUAACUGACCCAAAAAUCAAAGCUCCAUCGCUGCUAAUUAUGGGUGAGAAGGACUAUGUCUGGAAAUGUCCAGGGAUAGAGGACUGUAUAAGGGGUGGGGCCAUGAAGCAGAAUGUACCUGAUUUAGAAAUCACAUUGGUAACUGAAGGGAACCAUUUUGUUCAUGAACAACUUCCACAGCAGGUGAAUCACCUCAUCAUCACCUUCCUCGACAAGCAUAGUGUCUGAUGAGGAUACUCUAUCCUGAGCUACUACAAUAAAUCCGAUACUUUGAAAAAUAGAUUGCCUACAUGGCAUAUGCUAAUGGUUCGUCUAAAUUUCAUUUUUGCAUGGGAAUAAGCACCAUAACCUCUUUCGAUUACUCUUUCAACUCCUGUGUGUGAUUACUUUAAAAACAAUGCAUAUGGUAUAUGUUUGCGUCCAGUUUAGUAA